AAAUUGGAAACAGUUCAAGAGGAAUUGCAAAUAUAUAACGAUCGGAUGCGAAAACAUGAUGCUCAUAUUCACGAUGUUGUCGAUGCAAUUAACAACAUCAAAAAACGGUUAAAAGAAGCUGAUCUAAAAAAAGACGCACUCAAAAAAGAUCUUCAUGAAAUGAGGAGAAGUGUUGAGGAUUCUCAUCUAGAGAAGAAGCAUAAAUGGAUAUCUGAUGAAAAACGACAUUUUGGAAGAACGGGCACAGCUUAUGAUUUCACGAACUAUACCAUAGAAAAAGGUAAACAUGAACUGGAAGAACGAUUGUCAAGGAAGCAAUAUCUCGAACGAACAAUUAAUUGUCGUCAACUCGAAUUGAAAAAAGAAAAACUGGAAAGCGAUAAAGCUACUCUCAUGCAGACAAUAGUCCAACUUGAUAGGAAAAAGGAAAAAGAAAUUUUCAAAGCACAUGAAAAAGUUAAUCGGGAUUUUGGAAAUAUUUUUUCAACUUUAUUGCCCGGAACAACUGCGAAACUGGAACCACCACCAGGUGCAUCAUCGGCGCUUCAAGGUCUUGAAGUCAAAGUUGCUUUUAGUAAUAAAUGGAAAGAUUCUCUUGGCGAACUUUCAGGAGGACAGCGUUCACUUGUUGCUUUAUCACUGGUAUUGGCAAUGCUUAAAUUCAAACCAGCUCCUAUUUAUAUUCUUGACGAAGUCGAUGCUGCGCUUGAUCUUUCGCAUACUCAAAAUAUCGGUGCAAUGAUUAAGACUCAUUUUAAAGAAUCGCAGUUUAUCAUCGUGUCAUUAAAAGAUGGAAUGUUUAAUCAUGCGAAUGUUCUGUUUAAAACACGUUUUGUGGAUGGUACAUCGACGGUUAUACGUACAGAAAAUCGGGAUCAGUGGGUCAUCGAAAAUCCGCAGAUUAUUCCAGAUUUAGAAAAAGAGAACGAUGACGUAAGUGUUGCGAAAAGAGCGAAACGCUGCCAGCCAAGUCAGAAAUUAGUGACAGUUGACAUUGGUGACAGUUUUUAA